AUGGAAUUCUACUGCUACUACUACUACUACUACUACUACUACUACUACUACUACUACUACUACUACUACUACUACUACUACUACUACUACUACUACUACUACUACUACUACUACUACUACUACUACUACUACUACUUCUACUACGUCUACUACUACUACUACUACUACUACUACUACUACUACUACUACUACUACUACUACUACUACUACUACUACUACUACUACUACUACUACUACUACUACUACUACUACUACUACUACUACUACUACUACUACUACUACUACUACUGUCAGACCCUUCAUAGCUGUCAAGCUGCAUUCUGCUGCGCCGAUCAACCCCCAUCGGACAGAUCGCAGUAA